AGGUUAUUUCAGGAACUAAUUUUUUCCUAAAAAUUAUUUAUUUUAUGAACCCUGUUCCUUCAAAUUCAACAAAUGCCCCUCUAUUAGAGAAUCAACAAAUAACACGAAGAAUAAGCUGCCUAAUUCAAUGGAAGCAUCUUAUCAAGCCUUGUCUUAUUUUGAUUGCAAUUUUAGUGUUCUCCGCACCAGUUGCAUAUUCAUUAUCAGAGUUAAUAAUGGUGGCUCGUCAUAAAAGUGAAACAGUUUCAAAUUUGAUAAAAAUAUUUAUUCCGUCAUCAAAAAAGCUAAGCACUACGACAAAAACAAACUCUCCUCCGAAACAUUUGAUUCAGGAAAGCCAUCAAACAAUUUCUCCUCCUGCUGCAUUUUGUGGAAAGAGGAUUGUUGGAUAUUUUGCAGAAUUCGAAAACGCUGGACUAUCAAGAAAACAACUUCACAUGCUUACCCAUAUUAUUUACCUGUUUGCUAGACCAACGAAUGGAGUUAUUACUCUCGAUGGAGAACAAACUCGCCGAAAGUUUGAAGAGAUGAAAAGUAAAGCAAGGGAGGCAAGCUCUACUCUAAAAGUGAUGAUCAGUGUAGGCGGGCAUGAUUAUUAUAAGGAAUAUUCGCGUUUGGUGUCUAAUGAAACGUCAAGAAACGUUUUCGUCAAGUCGAUUGUCUCAUUUUUCAAAAAAAACGAUAUAGAUGGAAUCGAAAUAUUCUGGACGCGGCCAAAAUACGAAGAUAUUAAAAGUUAUUCAAGUUUCAUUCAAGAACUUAGGAGCGCAUUCACUGAACUUCAAAAAAGGUGGAAUAGGAAAAACGAAUAUAUCAUAAGUUUAAUUGUUCCAAAAGAGAAACACUGGUCAUUCGAUUUGAAAGAUUUUUCAAAGUUUGUUGACUUUUUCAAUAUUUAUUCAACACAGUUUCGAGAAAAACAAGUGGGACCUGAUUCACCAUUGUAUGGAGGAGAAGGUAGAAACAUCGAUGAGACAAUGAAGUAUUAUAUUUGUAAAACUGGGCAGCCAAGUAAAUUUAAUAUAAUGGUUUCGUUCCACGGAACAUUUUGGGAAGGAGCCGAAUUACCAUUACGUGAUUAUUCUGAUGAUAUAUGGAAGGAGAAAAACGUGGCACGAGGACCAUUUGCAGUACGAUGGAGACAUCUACGUCAACGUAACUGGAACCUGACCGAUAUUAAAUUUCACAAUUUAACGAAAACCUCAUAUAUUUGGAUUCCUGGUCCACCUACCUGGUUUUUGACUUUAGAAGACGAAAAAAGUUUGAGAGAAAAAAAUCGAUAUGUUGCUGAUCAUAAUAUUGGAGGAAUAACCAUGUGGACAAUUGAUCAGGAUGAUGAUGAUCACACUCUUUUAAAAGUUGUAUCUUCUGCUGAAUUAUGCACUGGAGAUGAGAAGAAUACGAUAAAAUACACGUGUGAAUGAGUGAAUGUAAUUAUUUCAAAUUCAUUUUUCUGUUGUUCCCGUUCAAAAUGAAUGUCUCAAUAAAUUGAAAAUUGGAUAAAUCAUUAAUAU